AUGGCCUUUGAGGAUCUCUUACCUGAAGUUGGAGAUAAGGGAAGAUUCCAGAUCCUUCAGGUCUUUUUUUUUGCUAUCCCUAUGAUACUUAUUGGCAGUCAUUUUCUGCUAGAGAACUUCACUGCUUUUGUCCCUGAGCACCGGUGCUGGGUUCACUUCCUUGACAAUACCUCGGCUUUGCUCAAUGUCAGUGGGAAUCUUAAUUUUAGUUCCCUCCUAAAAUUUUCCAUCCCCCUGGAUUCCAAUGGGAACCCAGAGAAGUGUCGCCGAUUCUUCUGGCCACAGUGGCAGUCCUUGGGGCCAAAUGUCACAGGCCAAAACGUGAGCCAGCUGGAGAUGGAGCCGUGUGUGGAUGGCUGGGUUUAUGACCAAAGCAUCUUCACUUCUUCCAUUGUGACUGAGUGGGACCUGGUGUGUGACUCCCAGACACUGAAGUCCUUUUCUCAGUCAAUAUUCCUUGCUGGAAAUCUGGUUGGAUAUCUAAUAUGGGGCUAUCUCUCAGACAGGUUUGGGAGAAAAGGAAUGUUGCUUCCAAAUUUCCUCAUGUUGGCUGUCUCCAGCACCGGCACUGCCUUUGUCCAGUCAUUCCCAGUUUACUGCUGUUUUCGCUUCCUGUUUGGGUCUUCAGUAACAGGAAUCAUGGUUGGCAGCGGAACCCUCACCCAGGAAUGGACCACCAACCAGCACCGGCCCAUGGUAACAGUCAUUUUCACUCUGUGCUUUAGCAUGGGCCAUCUGUUUCUUGGGUUUGUGGCUUAUGGCAUCCAGGAGUGGCGCAAAUUCCAGCUGGUAAUGUCUGCUCCCUUCUUUGCCUUCUUCCUGGCCUCUUGGUGGUUGCCAGAGUCUGCUAGAUGGCUGAUUGUCCAAAACAGAUAUGAUGAGGCCUUAAAGGUGCUCACAAAAGUUGCAAAGAUCAAUGGAGUAAAGGAGACCACCCUGACUAUAGAGGCUUUGAGAUCCACCAUGGAGAUGGAACUGGUUCCAGCACAGACCCGUUAUACCAUGUUGGAUUUGGUCUACUUUCCCAUCCUGCGUACAAGAAUGCUCUGUUUGUCCUUUGUAGGUUUCACAACAGGGAUGCUUUUCUAUGGGUUUUUUCUGGAUCUUCAGAACUUGGGGAGCAAUAUUCAAACACUCCAGGUUCUAUUCGGAACUUCCACCUUCCUAAGCAGGUUUGUAGCCUUGUUCAUCAUGACCCGCCUUGGCCGUCGAACGAUAACAGCGAGCUGCCUCCUCCUUGCUGGACUGUUCAUAUCUGCCAGUGCUUUUCUGCCUCGAGGAAUUUUGCGUGUGGUUUUGGCAAUGCUGGCAAUUAACUGUAUUGUGGUCUCCAUUUCCAGCAAUAGUGUCUAUUCCGCUGAGCUCACACCCACAGUCGUCAGGGGCAGGUGCUUGGGACUCAUUCUUAUGGUAAAUCGGAUUGGGGCAAUUCUGGCCCCAUUGGUGAAUAUGCUCAAGCACUACCUUCCAGCACUGCCACUGAUCAUCUUUGCAGCCAUGGCCAUCACUGCCGGCCUUGUGGUCUUCUUCUUCCUCCUGGAAACCCAAAAUAAACCAAUGCCUGACACCAUCGAAGAUAUAGAAUGUGGACAUUCAAGGGAAGGAGCAAGACCUAGAGAUGAAGGUGAUGCUGCAGUGAAAAUAAGUCAGUUUUAA